AUGCCCACCCUCUACAACGAUAAAUCCCAAGUGAUUGUGUCGGCGUUAAAUACACUGGACCAGAAACCACCACCAUCGUUGCGAGAAAUUCUGAGCGCUUACCGCUCGAAAGGCGAUGGAGACAGAGAUAUGCUUCUCGCUAUGCUGAAUGCAAAAACUGCAGAGGAUCGGAGAAUCGCAGAGACUUCGGCUUUACAUCGAACUAUCAUCGAAACUUGCAGCCAUGAAAUAUCUUCACCGAAUCUCCCUCCUCUGGUAUAUCCAAAUUUAUCUUCCCAACAUUCUUAUCAGGCUCGACUUUCUACGCUUUCGUCGGGACUUCCUCAUGAUGACCGAGAGUCACACAUGUCCAAAAGCCGCUCCUCACGCUCUCCACCACAUCAUCAUACCUAUUCUCCGUAUAACCGACCUGUAUCUCGGGAUUCUCCCACUCCUCCUUUGCAAAUGCCUCCCUCGCCGUACUCGUCUGCAUCAAAUCCUGAUUCAAAUUCUUCCCCGAAAUUAAAGGAGCGUGGAACAAUGCCCAUAUCAUCCAUGCUGCUCAGUAAAGAGAGCCUGCCACGCACCCAGCCCUCGCAGGAUACUUCAGACGAUGGUCGUCUACACAAAAGGAUAUGA